UUAUUGACGACGGACCUGUUGAGUGUUUCUUUCAGAGAGUUGUGAAGGGCUAAGCGACAUGCCAACGUUAACAGAAGUUCGCGGGGAGAGUAGAAAGAAAGAAGCAGGGACCCAUGUUGACUUUAGUGCCAUAUGGGAGGUGCCUGACGCUGGACUCGUCCAGGAUGAGGGUAAGGGAGUCUACAGAUAUAUAGGCACUGGAGAUGGUCAGAGAGAAGCAGUUGGCCAAUUACGUACUCGGCACUGUCUUGGUUCACACAGCGCACCCUCAUCAGUUGAAAUCACCAUCCGGGACACCGGGGAGAGGAACGGGAUUUUCAUUGGUGUCUGCAACAAGGCAUACCCAACAGAUAUUGUGCCUGGAAUCAGGGCCAUGUCGGUCGCCAUUCAUACUGCCGACGAAGGAACCCUCCUCCACUUCUCUCGUGAUCCACGGUCUCUCGGGAUCACCUGUACCCAUGGGAGUGUCCUCAAGUGCGCCGUCUCCCCAGACCCACAGGACGACACAGGGCGACUGGUAGAAUUCUGCAAAGAUGGUGAGAGGGUUGGAGUCGUCGCCAUCCAAAUCCCAGAGGACGGGUUGUAUGGAGUGAUAGGUAUGACUGGUUCUGGUGAGAGAGUCCUUAUAUCUCCACCUGUCGUGACUUGGACGCUGGAGUUUGAUCAAAUUUGGGAAGUGUGCUCUCCUCAUGUAAGACACGAGAGACAUGGUCUUUGUCUGUAUGUUGGUCCGGGCUACCUGAACGAGGAAUCCAUUGGGACUAUACGUACAAAACAGCGAAUUGAUCCAUUUGGCCCCCUCAGCGGUCGAAGUUUCGAAAUCCGUAUCGUGGAUUCCGGAGAGAAGGCGUACAUAGCAGUUGGGGUCUGUGACAGGUCGUAUCCACACAACAUGCUCCCUGGUUGGAAGGAUACAUCAGUUGGUUACCACGCAGACAACGGAACUCUCUUUGACAACUCCGAGAACGGAGAAGAGACGGGACAAAUCUGUCGGACAGGAGACACAAUGAGAUGUACUGUUCAGCCCACGGCAGAUGGUGGUCGGAAACAAGCGUCCGUGGUUUUCCACUGCAACGGUCAAGUGGUGGGGAAGCGUGUUACAUGGAUACCAGAGGACGGGCUUUACGGAGUGUUUGGCAUGAUGAGCAAGCACGAACAUAUCCAAGUCUCACUGCCUCAAGUUCACGAACCCUACACCAUUCCAAAGCUCAGUUUCCUGUCCGUGUGGGAGGCCGUCACUCCCAAUCUUCAGUACCAGGAAAACGGAGUUUUUGUGUACACUGGGCGAGGUGGGGCCGACAUGAUUGGUAGCGUCCGUUCAAAACUACCGCUCAAUCCCACGGGACCUAACAACACGUUUGAGGUGAAGGUUGUGGAUCCUGGAAACAGUUGCUACAUUGCUCUCGGGGUCUGCAGUCCGAGUUUCCCACCCACCCAGCUCCCCGGUUGGAUGGAGAACUCUGUCGGUUUCCACGCCGACAACGGUCUCAUACUGAAUGGGAUCGGGAACGAACAACUCGAGACAAAGUGCAACUGCAUCAAAGGCGACGUCAUUCGCUGCACACUAGAACCAGUUGACGAUAGCCAGAAACAAGUCUACGUUGUUUUCCACAGAAACAGCGUUUUCCUCGGAAGGAGUAUGCUCUGGAACUCCAAGCAAGGCUUCCAUGCUCAGGUUGGUAGCAUGAGCAAAGGAGAGAUCAUACAGAUCGCUUCACCGCAGACCACUCCAAGUUCUCUGCCCCACAACCCUACCCCUCGCUCCAUGAGCGUCCCGGCAGUUCAAAGCUCAAAGGAGGCCGUGAAGCGGAAACAGAUGUCAACACGGGACUACUCUCGCAUGACUCCAGCUGUUAGAGAGGCUGAGGAGCCCGAGCCGUUCAGUGAGGGUAUGCAUCGCGUGCAGACAGCUCCUAUACUUGCUUCUCAGCCUCAGACUUAUCACAGAGCAGAUGUUCACACUCACAGGUACACCCAGUCUAUCGAGCAGGGACCACCCCACGACCAUCAUCAGCACCCUAAGAAGGAUCUUCCCCAACAGUUUCUCCCUCCCUCGAGUCAUUUGCAUGGAGCAGAUGCUGCUCAGCAGUCGCACACUCGGCUGCUACACCACCAGCAGCACAUAGAAGAUGGUUCAGAUGACCCACCCUACUACCACCAACCACACACCCACACGCAUCCCUCUCCCUCUCCUGAACCACCUCCCACGUGGAGAAGUGUUCCACAUGCUCAUCUGGCCCCAUUUGAACAUGCAAAGACAGCCUCUCCUUUCCCACUGCAGCCUGUAGGUGAGCAUCCAUUAGCUGAACAGGGCACCAAGGGAAGUGGGGCUCAGUCAGAGUUGACAAAUCCCCGUGAAGUGGCACACAGCGCUUUUUAUGCGAGUCAGGUGAGCACUGCAUCUGCAGCGUCUGACUCGGACCUGCACUAUCAAUCCCAGCUCAGCUCCAGGAUCAUUGCCAGUGGUACGCAACGUGCUGCGUCUGGGGCCUACGAACAGCUCGCACAGCACGAUGUCCCAAGACGUUUCCGAGCACAGACCCAACCAGUACCGCAAAGGACGACACGGUUUGCUACACCUCCCGGUGGCGCUUUACCAGUAACACCACUAUUUAGUGGCCUUGAGAAAAAUUUUCAUGGAGGCACUGGGUCCACGGAGCGCAUUUUCAAACCUGGGUUUGAUGAUUCUGAUAGCCCCCCUCGACAUACAACGGUGAAGGUUUGCUCUGUUCCCGAGCCACGACUCUACACUAAAAAGGAGAACAGUUUCUGUAGAAUCCUCCACAAUGCCUCGUGCAGCGAGGACGGUACUACUCUCCACUGUACUCUACCAGAGGACCCUUCCGAGACCUGCUUUGUGAUGCGCCGCUUGCAACUGACGGAGAAGAUGCCCUACUUUGAAGUUGAGCUAGUGGAGCAGAAACCCAGCGAGAAUGUGGUGAUUGGAAUUGUGCCGCCAGAUCACCUGUACACGAUCCGUAUGGGGUCUGUACCGUGCACCAUUGCAUACCACAUGGCCACCGGUUUGCUAGUAGCCGGUGAAGAAGAGAAAUCUGUCACUAAACCGUGUACAGCAGGAGAUGUGGUGGGGUGCAGAGUUGACUGGAGCUACAAGUUGGAGGCGUACAAUUGUGAAAAUGAUUCCGUGGUUGGUGUUGAGUGGUUUGUCAAUGGGUGUUCCGUUGCAAAAAAUACAAUUAGUGCACCUUCUUCGGGGCUUUACCCUGCAAUUAAGAUGAAAAGUGGAGGGACAGUGGUAAUUUUCAGGCAUGGAAUAGGCCUCAAACCGGACUCCUAUUUCACCUCCCGUCCUCAUCCCGAAUGUUUCAAGAACAUAGAUGUUCCACUGAAAACAAGCGACACGUGGAAGUGCAUCCUGAACGCUGAGAUCGAUGAAAAUUGCUACAUCAUUCCCAAAGACUUGGACAAGGCAUCCCUACCCAGCAUUGUGCAAAGCCACACUCCAUUCACAACUGUCCAACCGUACUUUGAAGUAGAAUUGCAGCAUCCCAUGGAAUCAUACUCUAUCUUCUCUGUGGGAGGCAUAGAGGGAGAGUCAUCUGAUUCGGACAAGUGUAUUCCGGGUGAAGUCGCCAACUCCAUUGCACUUUUUCCUCUCCUAGGUCUCGUGAUGUGCGACGGUAGAAUCAGUACCACUCUACCGCUGGCCAUCGAGGAAGAAAAUGAAGACAAUGUCAGAGAAACUGACAAUAGGCGUUGGGGUUGACUUCCAUCAGAACGUCCCACACCACAGCUUGACUGCCGCGAAAAGGGUGGCUGUGUUCUUCACUGUCAACUACCAGCUGAUCAACUCUACCUACAUGACCAUCCCUUCCACAGGGCUCUUUCCAACUGUAGCAGUUGGAUCUGACUCCAGUGGCCAUCUCUUGAAGCUCAAGUUUUCAGAUCCCUGGCCUCAGGCACCCGCCCUUCCCCUGGGGUUUGCCCGAGCUCCGCAGAAGGCUUUUGAGGUGAGCCAACUGAACUCAGUUGUAUCUGAGAACACCCUCCCUAAAGGGACAGACUCCCCGCAGGUUAUGCAGGCCGCACUGCCACUGUCCCGCUCACACACCUACUUUGAGAUGAAACUGUUGGAAUGCCACGAGUCCCACAUCUUUUCUUGCGGUCUAGCACCUCACAACUUCCCCCUCACCUCACAUCCAGGAGACCUCAGGGAUUCCAUCGGGUUCUUCUCAAGUUAUGGCUCUGUGCACCACAGUGGUAAGAACGUGGUUGUCAGCUCACCUUUCAACUACAAAGGGGCCAUGAUGGGCUGUGGAGCAAGGUUCCCUGACGAUGGUAGCUCUAGGUACACGGAAGUGUUCUUUACUCUGAACAGGAACAUGGUGGCCAGAAGUAUUGUAGAAAACCGUGAACCGGGGCUUUUUCCAACAGUAGGAUUCUAUACGAAGGGCAGUGGAGUGGUGAGCAUCGAUUUGUACGCAGAGGACCCAUUCCCAAGUUUGCAGUUCAGUACCACCUGGAGGGAUCUCAGGAACAUGACCAGCGAGGGUGCCUUCCUUCAUCCCACAUCUUCCUCUGAGACUUGCGUGGCACAGCUUUCGCACUCUGUGCCUCUCGACAGGCCUGCUUAUUUCACCCUCAGGAUGGCAGCCGGAACUAACAGUGCUAGAAUCUUGAUUGGGUUCACAAAUAGUUCCACAUGCCCUCUUCUCGACGAAUCUCAGAUUGCUCCCUCUGAAGAGAAGAGUGCUACAACUAAGAAAAGUACGCCGGUGCUAGUUCAGGAAGGUUGGACGGGGUGCAUUGUAGACAUGACAGGAAAACAGGCCCUGGUGGAAGGCUCUCUCUAUGGCAUUCAGCUCUUCCAUUUGCAGCAAUCAGACGUCUAUGGUUGUGGUAUCGAGCCUAUCGAAGGAAGAAAGUCCCACCUCUUCUUUUUCACUUGCAACAAUCAGGUUGUGUUUGCCAAAAGUAUUAAUCUCAAAAGAGACAUGCUGUUCCCCACCAUUUUUGUGAAGGGAUCAAUUGGGAAGAUAAGGGUGGAUGCGUGUGCCGUGUGGCCCCUCCAGUCUGCCAUUGGCAGAGGCUGGGCUCGAGUGAACCACCUCUUUCUGGAAAAUUCUCAGAUUAAACACGUUGCUGCUAGAGGGACAUCAUCCAGAAUGCCCGUCGGAUUUGCGCAGGCGUCAAUGCCCAUCACACCAUCUUCCUCUUACUUUGAAGUAGAGGUAUGCUCUCGCUCGAUAGAGAAGGCCAUAGCUGUGGGACUUGCCCCAAGGAUUUAUCCAGGCAACACUUGGGUCGGCUGGAAACCCAUCUCCGUAGCAUAUCACUUGGACGAUGGGUGUCUCUUCACCGGUGAUGGUCUAAAGGGCCACAAAAUAGGCCCCCAGAUAUUCAAAGGUCAAGUCGUUGGCUGUGGAAUCACUACAAAACCUGGGGUAAGCUCGGAGAAAGAAAAAGAUGCGAAAGUUGAAGUGUUCUUUACCGUCAACAGAGUCUUGAUUGUGGAGCAGAAGAUCUCUGUCCCAUACGGUGGCUUCUACCCAACAAUCUGCCUCGAGAGUCCCACGGAGUCGGUGGUCUUUCAUCGCUACCCCUGUUUCCCACCGAUCCGCCACCUUGUCGGGCCUGAGUGGGCCAACUGCUACUCUGUCCACCAGGCCGGCAUGCUGCUGGAGCACAGCUACCAGGGAGAGAUGCCGGUCAAGGGAAUUUCACGGGGAUUCUGCCAGGCCAGUCGCCCCUUCUCCCCCACAAGACCCUACUUUGAGAUCAAGAUAGUCAGGUCUUCCUCGGCCUCCAGUAUUCAGGUAGGAGUUGCCGUGAGACUGCCCGUAGGCUGCAGGAGUCCCAAUACAGAUUCUGUCAUGUAUUACACCAACGGCCAAGUGCUGCUGCGAUCGGGCGGGAACAAGUCCACCCAGCUCACUGAGAAGUCGGGCAUCGGGGAUGUGGUUGGGUGCGGUGUGACGUACACUGGCGGCGACGAGCCCUCUGCCGUUGAGUUUUACCUGAACAAGAUGAAGGUGGUGACGUUGGCACUGCAAGAGAAGUGGAGAAAAGGGCCACUGUUCCCCACUAUUGUCCUGUCCCAUCCAGGGAACGCCGUGCUACCUCAGUUUAACCUUUCUCCUCCAGAAUGGGACCGCUCGUCGCUCAUCGGUUGGCUUCGGACAGAGCGAGUCCAAGUUAAAGGAAACAUCGCCUCCUAUCUUCCGUCAAGCACAGCAAAGAAUAUGGAAGUUGGAUUGUGUCAGCUGAGCCAGUGCCUGGAAAGAGAGUUAAACUCUUCGUUUGAAGUGGAGGUGCUUGAUCGUGGGGAAAGGUGCUGCAUUGCUGUCGGCGCAGCGGGCACCAACUACCCUGCAGUGAACCAACCUGGCUGGAAGGAGAACUCGGUGGCCUAUCACGGAGACGAUGGAAACCUCUUCAAUAAUAAUCCUUACGGAGUGUCCUUUGGUCCUCCAUGGAAAGAACGUGAUGUCAUUGGUGUUGGCGUUCGACAGCCAGCAUACGACAACCCACACGUGGUCGAAACACAAGUAUACUUUGUGAAGAA